AUGGGAACGAGAAUAAAUAUCUGUCACGUCAUAUCUAAGCUACGAUUGGAAAAUCCUAAUUUCUGUCAUAUCAUUUAUUCCCGCGCGAAACCUUUAGUCUGGUUGUUCAGUUUAAAACCCAGUAUCCGGCCCAACCACAAUUUGCCUUUCCCGCCAAAGAUUCCUAGUCGAAAGAUAAUGAACUCAUCGCCUUUAAUAGAGAAUCGUGGACAACUGAUUGUAUUUGAAGGACUAGACAAAAGUGGGAAAUCUACCCAAAGUCAAAAACUUAAAGAAGCUCUGCUAAAAGAUGGUCAAUUUGUAGAUCUGUGGUCCUUCCCAGAUCGAAAUACCAAAUUGGGUGAUGUGAUUGACAGUUACUUGAAUAAAAGGCUAGAACUUGAUGAUAGAUCCAUCCAUCUUCUCUUCUCAGCAAACAGAUGGGAAAAAGUUUCCAAGUUAAUAAAACUCCUGGAGUCUGGUACAACAGUGAUAACUGAUCGCUAUGCUUUCUCUGGCGUAGCCUAUUCUGCAGCAAAAGGGCUUCCAUUGGAAUGGUGCAAGCAGCCAGAUGUUGGUCUUCCCAAGCCGGACUGUGUCAUCUUUCUGCAACUCAGCCCAGAAGCUGGAGCCAAAAGGAAUGGGUUUGGGGAGGAGCGAUAUGAAAAAACACAAUUCCAAAACAAAGUCCUUGAACAAUUCAUGCAAAUUAAAGAUGAAAGUUGGAAGAUCAUUAAUGCUGACCAAAACAUGGAAGAUUUACACCAGGAAAUCUACAAGCACAUAAAAUCACUCAAAAAAGAAGAAUUAAAAAGAUUGUGGGAAAAAGAUUGA